AUGUCAUUGAUGAAGAACAGGACAGAAGUAACCCAAUUCAUCCUGCUGGGACUAACUAGUAACCCAAGUGUACAGACUCCCCUCUUCAUAACCUUCCUCCUCAUCUACGUCAUCACUGUGGUUGGGAACCUGGGGAUGAUCCUGCUGAUUCUCUUGGACUCCCGUCUGCACACUCCCAUGUACUACUUCCUAGGUAACCUGUCUCUGGUGGAUUUUGGUUAUUCUUCAGCUGUCACUCCCACAGUUAUGACAGGUCUUCUUGUAGAAGACAAGAUCAUUUCCUACAAUGACUGCGCUGCUCAGAUGUUCUUUUUUGUAGCCUUUGCUACUGUGGAAAAUUACCUUUUGGCAUCAAUGGCCUAUGAUCGCUAUGCAGCAGUGUGUAAGCCCCUGCAUUAUACUACCACCAUGACAAGAAGUGUGUGUGCAUGUCUUUCCUUUGUUUCCUAUGUCUGUGGUUUCCUGAAUGCCUCCAUCCAUAUUGGGGACACAUUCAGUCUUGUCUUCUGUAAGUCCAAUGUGGUCCAUCACUUUUUCUGUGAUAUUCCAGCAGUCAUGGUCCUCUCAUGCUCUGAUAGACAUAUUAGUGAGAUGGUUCUUGUUUAUGUCGUGAGCUUCAAUGUCUUUUUUGCUGUCAUAGUUAUCUGGAUGUCCUACAUAUUCAUCUUUAUUACCAUCCUAAAAAUGCGGUCAGGUGCAGGAAGUCGGAAGGCUAUUUCCACUUGUGCCUCCCACUUCACUGCAGUCUCCAUUUUCUAUGGUACAAUUAUCUUCAUGUACCUACAGCCCAGCUCCAGUCACUCCAUGGACACAGACAAAAUUGCAUCUGUGUUCUACACUAUGAUUAUCCCCUUGCUGAACCCUAUGGUCUACAGCCUGAGGAACAAAGAGGUCAAGAACGCACUCACAAAAAUCUUGCAGAGGCAGAAAAGUAAACAACAUAGGAUUCCAGUUAUACAUGGAGUGUAUGCAAAUUGA